AUGGGCCUGCUAUCUUAUGUUAGGUCCACAGUCGUGGGAAAAUGUUGCAAAGGAAACUUUGGCAUGUCCAGAUUCUUGCAUACGAACAAUUUUCAACGCAAGUUGAUUUCAUCCAGUCGUAGUGAAUCAUACUAUGAAAAUUUUAGCAUGAGAUCAUAUUCUUCACUUUAUAUGACAACUGGAACUGAGUCUAGGACUUCAAGUGCUAGAAUUAAGAUGCCAAACAUAGGAAGUGAAGGAUUUGCGUGUUCAUCUUAUUUAUCAACCGCCAAAAGAAAUUCAAGAAUGAUUCAUUUUAAUAGCAAGGAUAGUUGCUCCACAACACCAGUGAAGCCCGAGACUGUUCCAAAAUCUGAAAUCCAUGGUUUAGCUACUGUGAUGAGGAAGAUUCCAUGGGUUCCGAGUUUGAUGUGUGGAGGCAUCCCCACAAUAGCCCAUUGUGAUGCAGCAGAACCAUGGCAAUUGGGAUUUCAAGAUGCAGCAACACCUAUAAUGCAAGGAAUAAUAGAUUUACAUCACGAUAUCUUCUUCUUCCUUAUUCAGAUUUUGGUUUUUGUUUUAUGGGUUAUGGCUCGCGCUUUAUGGUGUUUCAGGCAUAAAAUGAAUCCAAUCGCCCAAAGGAUUGUUCAUGGAACAACAAUUGAGAUUCUUUGGACGAUAUUUCCUAGUUUUAUCCUAAUGUUCAUUGCUAUACCAUCAUUCACUUUGUUAUACUCAAUGGACGAUGUGGUAGUAGAUCCAGCCAUUACUAUCAAAGCUAUUGGACAUCAAUGGUAUUGGAGUUAUGAGUAUUCAGAUUAUAACAAUUCAGAUGAGCAAUCACUUGCUUUUGACAGUUAUAUGAUUCCAGAAGAUGAUCUAGAAUUGGGUCAACUGCGGUUAUUAGAAGUAGACAAUAGGGUGGUAGUACCGGCCAAAACUCAUCUGCGUGUUAUCAUAACAUCAGCUGAUGUACUUCAUAGUUGGGCAGUACCUUCUUUAGGUGUGAAAUGUGAUGCUGUACCUGGUCGUUUGAAUCAAAUUUCUACUUUUAUACAACGAGAAGGGGUAUAUUAUGGUCAAUGUAGUGAGAUCUGUGGAACUAAUCAUGCUUUUAUGCCAAUCGUUGUAGAAGCAGUUUCUACUAAAGAUUAUGGUUCUUGGGUUUCCAGUCAGGGUUUCAUGGACUCCGAUUCCUGGGUUUCCACGCGCAUCUCCAUCUCGUCACGUCGCUAUCAUCCUCGAUCUGAUCUGUGUAUGGAGGAGAGAGAAGGGAACGAUGAUUUCAGAGCGGAAUACCUCUGCCCUUUCUGCGCCGAGGAUUACGACGUCGUUUCCCUCUGUUGCCACAUUGACGACCAUCAUCCUCUACAAGCCAAAAACGGGGUGUGUCCUGUUUGUGGGAAAAAGGUGGGAGUGGAUCUCGUAGGACAUAUUACCACGCAACAUGGGAGUUUCUUGAGGAUAUCCUUUUUGCAAAUUGGCCUAACUUACGUGCAGCGUAAAAGGAGGGUAAGGAAAGGAGGCUCUGGUUCAACAAUUUCUAUUUUGAGAAGAGAGUUACGAGAGGGAGCCUGGCAGUCACUUCUUGGUGGUUCUUCAUUCAUAGCUUCCUCCAACUCUGAGCCUGAUCCUCUGUUAACAUCUUUUAUGUUUAGCCCAGUUGCAGCUGAUGAGUCUUCUAGUGCAACACCUCCUCCUUCUAUUGAACGAGCCCGUGUAAAAGAGAGACCAAAAGAUGAUUUCUUGGAAAGAAAACCUAAACAGUCACAGCUGUCAGAAGAGGAUAAAGUAGAGAACGCUCGAAGGUUUGAAUUCGUGCAAGGCCUUCUGUUGUCCACCAUUCUUGAUGAUUGA